AUGCUUCGUGAUCAGGAGUCCGGUGCCACCAGCCGCACCGCACCGCGCAGGGGUGCUACGCAUCAACCUGAGGAGCUCUAUGACCAGUUGGCUGAUGCCUGUGGGGCUGAUUGGCAACAGGCACUCCUGGUAGACUUGCUCCCUCGUGGUGCGGAUGGUGUGCUCGAGAUCUUCCGCGCAGUGCUGCGAGAAGAUGAACUGGCGAAGAGCCAGGCGAGCCCGUCCAAGCAUCGAUGGCGGCCAUGGCCCCUACUACAAGGAAAGCGAUGCCAAGCUCCAGUCAAGGUCGCCGAGGCGAUCGGCGCAUGCAGAGCCGCUGUAUGGGCUCGGCGGCCAGGGAUUGACAUAUCCACAGAGGCAGACUUGCUGCUUGUUGGCAUCGUUCUCCGCCUUUUGCUGCGGUUGGGCCUGAUCUCGCCACGUGCAGAGGACGCUUUUGAGAGCUUUGUCCACUUCACCCGGCAGCAACUGAACUUGCAAAACGAGGUGAAUCUCCUCCAGCACCUGCGCAGCGCACUACCCAAGCGUGCGGCACCCUUUGUGGCGGUGCCCAGGCUGAUGGGCUGCUCCAAUGCGGAGGUGGCGAUUGUUUCAUGGGAAGAUGGGAUUUGCCUCUCCGAGGUGACACGAAAACGUUUCGGCGGGUGUUAUGUGGAGGAGACCGAGCUGUGUGCUCGUCGUGCUGCUGCAAGGCAGUUAGCCCGGACAUUCUGGAUGCUGCUGUUUGAGCAUGGCAUCGCGUUGGGAGGACUGUGUUCAGGCAAUGUCCUGAUACGCACUGCCAUUGAAGACGAGAACCACUUGGAGGUGGUCCUUUUGCGAUGUGGAUUGUGUCACGAGGUCGACCCCGAAACGGUCUCAGACUUGCGUGCUCUGACGCGCCUUCUGCGCCAAGGUGCCUCACCUCAGGAAAUCGGACGCUUGAUCCUGACUCGAGUCCAUGGCCGCUCUGGUGGGCGAGUGGAUGAGGUCCAUGACAAGGACGGUUUCUUUGCGAGCGUUGCGGACUUGCUGGGCAAGAGCAAAUGCGUGACGCCACCGCUGCGCGGUGCUCUACUGCUGCACCGGUUCUUGGAGACCCUCCAGAAGCACAGACUCUUGGCCUCCGAGGCCCACAUGCAAGUGGCCACCUCUGCGGCAGCGACCAAUGCGGUGUGCUGUCGCCUAGAUCCCUUCAGCAAUGGGGGCCUCUAUGAGGCUUUACUCGAGGUAGAAAAGGCGAGUGAAAGCAAGUCCAAAUAG